UUGUUGUUAGUGAAAGUGAACUCACUCACGCGCUCCCCACGCUGCCAUGUGCUGGCUGUGAGAGACACGCUGCACGUUCAGGCCUCGACCCUCUGAGUGUAGUGUGUUCACUAUCACACUGUCGUGGACAACUUUUUAAAAGGACAACAUCGCACUGGCCGCAGGUCCGCAGAGUAAACAUGCCUUGCCCGAACCAGCAGGUGACCCGCAGCAGCAGCGUCCACCCUGACCAUGCCGCUAUGAAGCAGGUCCGCUUUGUGAGUGGCAACAACUCGGACAGCGAUUCCCAGGAGAAACCGUGCGGAACCCCAGAAAACGGCCACUUACACAUCGAGCUGGGGCCUCAGCUGAAGCUCUUACCCCUAAAUGACCAAGUCCGAGAACUACAGACUAUAAUCAGGGACAAGACCACGAGUAGAGGGGAUUUCGUGUUCUGUGCUGAUAGACUGAUUCGGCUGGUGGUUGAAGAAGGGCUAAACCAGUUGCCUUAUACUGAAUGUGUUGUGACCACACCAACAGGAUACAAGUAUGAAGGUGUCAGGUUUGAAAGAGGCAACUGUGGUGUCAGCAUAAUGAGGAGUGGUGAGGCGAUGGAGCAGGGCCUGAGAGAUUGCUGCCGAUCCAUUCGCAUUGGCAAGAUUCUUAUACAGAGCGACGAAGAGACUCUGAAAGCCAAAGUGUACUACGCAAAGUUCCCACCUGACAUUUACAGACGCAAAGUUCUGCUGAUGUACCCCAUCCUGAGUAGUGGAAACACAGUCAUUGAAGCGGUCAGGGUACUGAUUGAUCAUGGUGUCCAGCCUUCACACAUCAUCCUCCUCAGCCUUUUCUCCACUCCUCAUGGGGCUAAGUCUAUAAUCGAGGAGUUUCCAGACAUCACCAUACUGACCACUGAGGUCCAUUCUGUCGCCCCCACACACUUUGGACAGAAAUACUUUGGAACAGACUGAUUGUUCGGUUAUGCCCCGCCCUCUUUGGGGGCUGAGAUUUGACCAGAGGAAUGAUUUUGUGCAAAACAGUUUGAAGUGCCUUAUUUAACUAUUUAAAGUUUUGUCCUGCAGUGUUAAAUAAUAAUGAGCAUCACAGUAACGAAGCAGCUAUUUCGUGUUCUCACUGCCCGGUUCCUCGUUGGCUUGGGAAGUGUCAGAUGAUAACCGGGUCACUGAUUGUUAGUCUCGGAUAGCCUCAGCACCAAACUGUUGUCAAGUGUACAGUCUAGAGCCGUUCCAGUCACACUGUCAUAAUGAAGCUGCACCUAAUAGAUUAGAACCAUAGAUAUCCAUACCUGGAUGCUGCGUUGUCUGUUCUCUAUCUGAGGCGAUACGUCUGUACGUCCACCAUGUUGGAGAGGUCAAGAUCCGCUUGUGAACAGAUUCACUUGUAUUGAGAGACGAUGAGUCUCAGGAUUAAAUCAGCCACAACUUCCU